UGCGAAGAACCUCUUCUCGUAACCCGAACCGGAAUCUACGUCACAGCUCCAACUGACGAAGUCGAUCGAGCGAGCCUCUCCUGUCCUCUCUGCCGUCUCCGACGAGCGAGUCCACCAAAAUGUCGGGCAACCGAAACUACGACUUCUUAAUUAAACUUCUCCUAAUCGGCGAUUCGGGCGUCGGCAAAUCAUGCUGCUUGUUGCGAUUCAGUGAAGACUCCUUCACGCCGUCCUUCAUCACAACCAUCGGCAUCGACUUCAAGAUCCGCACGAUCGAGCUAGAUGGGAAGCGCGUGAAGUUGCAGAUUUGGGAUACUGCUGGCCAGGAGCGAUUCCGGACCAUCACAACGGCUUAUUAUCGCGGUGCGAUGGGCAUCCUCCUGGUUUACGACGUCACCGACCAGAGGUCAUUCGAGAACAUCAAAACUUGGUUCGCAAAUGUAGAACAGCACGCUACCGAAGGCGUUAACAAGAUACUCAUCGGCAACAAGUGCGACUGGGAAGAUAAGCGUGUCGUGUCAACGGAGCAAGGUGAGACGCUGGCUAAGGAACUCGGCAUACCUUUCCUCGAGGUAUCCGCCAAGAGCAACAUCAACAUCGACAAGGCCUUCUAUAGCUUAGCCUCCGACAUCAAGAAGCGUAUCAUCGACACGUCCAAGGCGGAGCCGGCCGCGCAAACUGGCGUCGUUGUCGCACAGGGAGACAACGCCGGAGCGGGCAAAUGCUGCUGAACUUGGGGAAAGUAUUCUUGGAGAUGCCGAGGGACUAGGGCCAGCCUAGCCUAGAGAAAGAAGGAGAGAGGGAGCGAGAGGAGAGCCAGACGCAGAGCUGAACAGAAAGCUGGCAACUUUUUUCUUU